CACCUUACCACACAGAGAGAGAGAGGAGAGAGGGGGAGAGAGAGAGGGAGAGAGAGAGAGAGAGAGGGAGAGAGAGGGAAGGAGGGAGAAAGUCAGACAGAGUAGAGCUGUGACAAUAUUAGGACAUCUUGUUCGGCCACUUCGGUCGGAACCUCCUGAAACUUUUUUUCAGAGCUUUACCUGGAGCCACAUCAUACCAACAUCGCGGCUGAAUCAGACUCAGAGUUGCCCUGACCUUAGGACAGCAGCACUGGAACUAACAUUUACAUUUUUAUUUUUCAUUGUGCUGGAACACUUUCUAUUUGGGACUUGACACUGGAUGCUGUGUCGCACCAUAGCUGAAGACUUCUAAAAGUUUCUGUGGAAGAACUUAUAUAUAUAUAUAUACCCAUCGCUUCUUUCCUUUAUUUUUCCUCUGAGACCUCACCAUGCAUGUUGCCCACUCCGUCCUGUUGGGGGUGGCUAGGCUUAUAUGCCUGACACUCAUAGUGCAAGCCGUGGGCAGUUCUGGGGCAUCCAGCGAGCACCUUCUGUACGAAACUGGGCACCAUGACUCAACGCAUCACCCGGAGAACGCUUCCAGGGCGCUCGCUGUAUCGCCUGGACGCGCAGCACAGGAGGAGGAGGAGGCCGGGCAUCUCCGCUCUGACGUUCACGAGUCUGGACAUCCGCCUCACAACAUAUCUGAGGUGGCCAUAGUCACAUUCAAGUGGCACCACGUGCAGGAGCCCUACGUGGUGGUGCUGUGGAUCUUUGUGGCAGGGAUGUGCAAGCUGGUGUUUGAGCUGAACCACCAUGUGACCAGCGUGUUCCCCGAGAGCGGUCUGCUCAUUCUCAUCGGCUUCAUCCUGGGUGGGAUCGUGUGGGGCGCAAACAACGUCCAGACCUUCACGCUGACGCCCACCGUCUUCUUCUUCUACCUGCUGCCCCAGAUCAUCCUGGACGCCGGCUACUUCAUGCCCAACAAGCUCUUCUUCAGCAACCUGGGCGCCAUCCUCGUCUUCGCCAUCAUCGGAACGUGCUGGAACGCGGCCGCCGUGGGGCUCUCUCUGUGGGGCUGCUACCUAGGGGGCGCCAUGGGUGAGCUCAACAUCGGCCUGUUGGAGUUCCUGCUCUUUGGGAGCCUGAUCGUCGCUGUGGACCCUGUGGCUGUGAUCGCUGUGUUUGAGGAGGUGCAUGUCAACGAGGUCCUCUUCAUCUUGGUCUUCGGAGAGUCACUCCUCAACGACGGUGUCACAGUGGUGCUCUACAACGUUUUUGAUGGCUUCGUGUCACUGGGAGGGGAAAAUAUUGACGCUGUGGAAAUCAUCAGAGGCAUAAUCUCGUUCUUCGUGGUGGCCUUUGGAGGGGCCCUGGUGGGUGUGGUGUUUGCCAUCCUGCUCUCGCUAAUCACCAGGUUCACCAAGAACAUCCAGAUCAUUGAGGCCGGCUUCAUCUUCGUGCUGGGAUACCUGUCCUACCUGACCGCAGAGAUGCUCUCCCUCUCAGCCAUCCUUGCGAUAACAUUCUGUGGGGUGUGCUGUCAGAAGUACAUCAAUGCCAACAUGGACGAGAGGUCCGUGAUCACAGUGCGCUACGUGAUGAAGGUGAUUGCCAACGGCUCCGAGACCAUUAUCUUCGUCUUUCUUGGCAUCACGGCCAUCGAUAAAGCCAUCUGGGUUUGGAACACUGGCUUCAUCCUGCUCACCAUCUUUUUCAUUCUCUUGUACAGAUUCAUGGGUGUCUUCUUCCUGACGUGGAUCCUGAACAAGAAUCGCCUGGUGCCCAUCGAGCUCAUCGACCAGGUGGUGAUGGCGUACGGUGGCCUGCGAGGGGCGGUGGCCUACGGCCUCGCUGUGAUGCUCGAUGGGGACAAGAUCCCGGAGAAGAACCUCAUGAUCAGCACCACGCUCAUAGUCAUCUACUUCACUGUGAUCUUACAGGGAAUCACCAUGAAGCCCUUGGUGCAGUGGCUGAAGGUCAAGAGAGCGGAACACUCUGAUCUCAAGCUGGUGGAGAAAGUCAACAACAGAGCUUUUGAUCACAUCCUGUCUGCAGUGGAGGACAUCUGUGGUCGGAUCGGAGACAACUGGUGGACCAGAGGGUGGAAGCGCUUCGAGGAGAAGUACAUCAGUUGGUUUCUGAUGAAACCCAAACAGAGGAAGACGAGGGACUACCUGUUUGGCAUUUUUCACAAGCUCAAUCUGGAGGACGCCAUGAACUACGUCACAGAGGGUGAGCGCAGGGGCUCUCUUGCGUUUGUGCGGGGCGACGAGGACGCCCAGGUGGACUUCAGAAAGAAAUUUGGCGCAGACAUCGAAGACGUUAUGCCAGACAUCAUGGUGGACACGGAGCAUGUACCCAUGUCUUCCAUCUUACGGGACACCGUACCCUCUGUGUCUCUGGACAUUCACGAGCAGGACAUGACAGGCUUAGGGGAGGGAGACGCCCACGACCUGCUUCAGGAGCACCUGUACAGGAGCAGGAAACAUCACCGUCACAAGUACAGCAGGAGCAACUUCAGCAUCAACCAGAGCGAGGACGAGGUCCAGGAGAUCUUCCAGAGGACCAUGAGGAGUCGGCUGGAGUCCUUCAAGUCGGCUAAGAUGGGCGUCACGCCGGGCAAGAUCAUCACCAAGCACCCUCAGAAGGACCGACAGCAAAAGAUGGCCAAUGGCAACCCCACAGACAGAAGCAAAAACCAUCCCUAUGGCGAUGAAGAUUUCGAGUUCUCGGUCUCAGAAGGGGACAGUGCAUCAGGAGGCGAGGGGGCCACAGCAGGUGGAUACUCCUUCAGGGCACCACCCUACACUGUGGGAACUGGGAUUGAGAACCCCGCCUUCAUGCCUGAGAUAGACACGCCCCCUUCGAUGCGCCCCCCGCCGUGGCUGACCGAGGCGGAGACGGACGCGUCGGUGGCGCCUUCCCAGCGUGCUCAGCGGCGGCUGCCCUGGACGCCCAGCCAGAUCCGCCGGCUGGCGCCGCUGCGGGUCAGCACGCGCUCCGAGGACUCCUUCGCCAUGGCCGACGUCCUCAGCCCAGAGGAGGACCCCCAAGAUCCUCCUCCUCCGCCCCCUCACGAUGGGACGCACAUGUAGUAGGGCUUAGCCCAAGAGCAGAGGCGGACAUCCCGGCUGCAGAGUGUUGAAGUCCCGCCAUUGUAUUCCUUCUGCCUGCCCUAUGCACUUAACUCAAGUGAUAUCUCCAAUUGGCUGAUCGUCCUGGCUGAAGAAUUGUGGUAACUAAGACAGAGACCUUCUAAUGAGGAGACACAGCACUCAAAGAAUCCUCCAUAGACAUGCCUGGGGUUAGUGUGUAACGCCAGUAUGGCAGUAGUGUCCACAAAUAUCCUGCCUUUUCCUUUAUGCCUCCCAAUUCAAUUGUAUAGGAAAAUAGCUGCCUGAUAACUGCCCAAAGUGUGUUGCAAGAUGGCCGCGGAGUGGAGGGAUUUGCCUGAUUAGGAUCAGGUUGACUGAAUGGUUUGAACAAAUAUUAUGUGGUAGGACUUUAUGAAGCCGGGAUGUCGAGCUCUACCCCAGAGUUGCGCUUCAGUAGCAAUUGCCAAAGGACCUCAGAGAAGAUGAGCUCGACCUCAGGGAGGCUUCCAUGUCAUACAAUUCCCAUAACCCUUUGCUCUUAAGUUCCCUCCUCUUAUUUCCUCAAUUAUAACCCUCGACUCCUCACCACUUUCAGGAUAGCAUCUUGUGCUAUGUGGAAAAGAUGUGAAAACAAUGACAACAAUGCACUGAACUGUAUUUAAGGUAUAGCUAAUGACCCAAAUAGGACAGGAAACAAAAGAGAUAUUAGAUUCAUGUGUUCAGGCCAUUUGUUCUAUUGUCUUAAUCUUGUUAAGAGGCUCACGGCAUAUUUUCACAUGUAAAUAGAAUUGAUGCAGUGUUAACACUGAUAUUUAUUUGGGCACACCGGACAUAAAGAAUUUCUGUUUAUAUUUAUUUGGGUAAAGCUGUUGCUGAAAUCAUUGUACUUAUCCGCGAUGAGAAAGGAUCUUUUGAUUUCAUUUUAAUCAAUUCAUUACAGUUAACAUUUGGAAAAAUAUGUAAGUGAGAUCAUUACCAUGAUUUUUCAAAUUGUAUUUUGUUACAUAAUCUACUGUAAAUUCUUGUAAAAUAAAUACAUAUUUAUUCCUUAA